AUGGAAAAUGAGGUUAGGAACCAUAACCUCCAACAAGAGCCCAAUGCCGAAGCAACUGCCUAUGAUUGUGCUCUGUGUGAUGAGCCAAACCAUGUCGACCACCAUAUGGUCCAGUGUGACACCUGUCCGCGCUGGUUCCACUACACCUGCGCCGGUGUUACUGAGGAGAUAGAGGACAAACCAUGGAGCUGCCCUACUUGCUCAUCCGAUAAACAAGUUGAUGUAGCCGGUGGUGAAUCUCAGGAGGACAUUUCGAUCCUUGAGUCCCUGGAUUUGGGUGCACGGAAGGAUGCACGCUGGAAGCGGAACGAGGAGCAGCAAAAAGCUGCUGACGAACAGCACCAACGCGAUUUGCUGUUGAUGAGGGAGAUGCAGCGGCGAAAUUUUCAACGACAACUGCAGCGCGAGCAGCAGCAGCGCUUGGCGCAGCUCGAACUAGAACGCGAGAUGCUGGAGUUGCGACGAAAGGCUGAUGAAGACUACCAGGUACAGCGGAGGCAACUGUGGGGUACCUACGGAAUUAAUCCACAAUCGCAGGGCUACCCAGGCACGAUGAAUAUUCCACGGCACUCAGUUGGUGGUGAAGAGCAAAUAAAAUUUCCCGCUGGUCCACAAUCGUACCCAGCAUAUUCGACACCGUUGUCCGGAAGUAAUCCCCCUACGGUGCCGAUGACACCACUGCGGAAUCCAGGAGUGUAUCCAACAAGAGCGGCUCCCAGCAAUUCGAACGUACCGAUCGUUCCUCAUCCUCUCCCUACGUACCAGUUGCCACCUCCGCCUCCGGAGAAAAUUGAUGGCUGCAAUCCUUCGAAUGUUCCAGUGAAUCUGCCAACCAGGCACAACCCGCUGCCAAAUCGCGGUCUGCCAUUAGGGGAACCAGUGAAUCCAGAAUCUUCCAGCCAACUCCGGUAUUCGGCCACGCAUCGCGUACAUCAAGGGGGCCCAGUGGGUCCAUGCGAUCCGCCCAAUCCGCCUCCACAUUCGGAUGCACAAUGGCCGCAAGCACCUUUGCCACCUGUAGCCGAGUUGACCAGGGCACAGAUCGCUGCUCGAAAAGGACCGUUCUGCAAACUACCGACCUUCAGCGGAGACCCUGAGGAAUGGCCGCUGUUUUACAGCAGCUACAUCAAUGGAAACUUGGCGUGCAACUGGUCGAAUUUGGACAACCUUGGAAGACUGCAGGAGGCUAUUCAAAAUCCCGCGCGCUCUAAGGUGCGCCACCAUUUGAUGCUGCCUGAAACGGUACCCGAAGCCAUCGAAACACUCCGGAGGCUUUAUGGGCGCCCGGAACAAAUUAUUUCUGCGCUUGUGCGCAAGGCUCAGAAUGCGAAACCGCCAUGUCUGGAAAAUCCAGUAACUUUUUCGGAUUUCGGAAUCAUCGUGCAGCAACUCACUGAUCAUCUGAUUGCGUCCGGACUCCGGGAUCACUUGGUGAAUCCACAUCUCAUUGAUAUCCUUGUGGCCAAGCUUCCUGGUCAGACGCAGAUUGAAUGGAUCCGCUACAGACGUCAGCAAGGUUUUUCCACUCUGAAAACCUUUUCCGAUUUCAUCACCGCCAUCGGAGCCGAUGCCCUAGAGUUGGAACACAUCAACCGGAUGCACGGUUGCAGCAAGGAGAGGCCAAAGCCAGAAAAACCGAGAGCCGACAAGAAAGUGAAGGAGAAAAGUGCUGAGGGUUACCUGCAUACCCACAUCGGAGAGUUCGAGGACAAGCGGGCACGCAUAAAAAGAGAGCAGUCUGCCCCCUCCUCUUCCUCAUCUAAGUCCGUACAGCAGCAGCAGACCCGGGUGCCAUGCCACAUUUGCAAUCGCACCGAUCAUCGCACAAGGUUUUGUGACGACUUUGCUAAGCUGUCCUGGGAAGGUCGCGUGAAGGAAGUGGCCAAAUGGAAGCUGUGCAAACUUUGCCUCAACGAACAUGGCGAUUCGAACUGUCGUUUCAAGCGCAAGUGCAACAUCGGAAACUGUCAUGAAAUGCACCACCCACUACUUUACCCAACGAACAACAACAAUCCUGUGGCCACAACUGAUUGCAACGCUCACAGUGUCGACAUUCAACAACCAGUGAUUUAUCGAAUGGUACCUGUCCGGCUAAGUAACGGCAACCACUCGGUGAACGUAAUCGCAUUCCUGGAUGAAGGCGCAUCCUGCUCUUUGGUGGAACGUGACGUUGCGGAUCAGAUUCAGCUGGGAGGAGAACCACAACCACUUAUCGUCAAGUGGACGGCGGGUAUGACGCGCAUGGAGCGCGACUCUAAGCGAGUGCACCUAUCGAUUUCCGCUAUUGAUUCGUCGGAGCAGUUCGUGCUGAAGAAUGUGCACACCGUUGAGAGAUUGAAACUUCCCGAACAGAAACUACUCUUCGCAGAUGUCGCAAGGAAGUACCAGCAUCUGGAAGGGCUACCUGUCUGCGACUACCGCUGCGAUACUCCACGAAUUCUAAUUGGACUCAAACAUCUGCACGUCUACGCCCCAUUGGAGUCACGCAUUGGGGCCCCUGGUGAACCGAUCGCGGUUCGAACUCAUCUUGGUUGGACAGUGUACGGGCCACAAAAUUUAGCAGAUACCUCCGAAAUGUUUUCUGGUCACCACGACAUGAGCCCGGCAGAUCGCGAGCUGCAUGAACUGCUACGUAGUCAAUACAUGCUGGAAGAAGCCGGAAUCGCAGUUUCAGUUUUGCCUGAAUCGUCGGAAGACCACCGUGCUCGUGACCUGUUAGAAAAAACCACCGUGCGAAUUGGCCAACGCUUCGAGACAGGGUUGCUGUGGAAGGAUGACAACCCUCAAUUGCCCGACAGUUACCCGAUGGCCGUGAAGCGGCUGAAAGCCUUAGAACGAAAAUUGUCGAGAAAUCCCGAGCUGAAGGAGAAGGUAGCAAAACAAAUCGCCGAGUACCAAGAAAAGGGAUACGCCCAUAAGGCGACCUCUCAGGAUUACGCUGACGCUGCUGCUGGUGCCAAGGUCUGGUACCUCCCUUUAAACGUGGUCCUCAAUCCAAAAAAGCCAAGCAAGGUCCGCCUUGUCUGGGACGCGGCGGCUGCAGUCAACGGAAUUUCGCUCAACUCGGCUCUUUUGAAGGGGCCCGAUAUGCUGACCGAUCUGCCUGGAGUUUUGUUUCACUUCCGAGAGCGACCCAUCGCCUUUGGGGGUGAUAUUAUGGAAAUGUACCACCAAAUUGGUAUACGACGAAGCGACAAGCAGGCCCAACGUUUCCUGUACCGGGAUGAGCCAACUGAUCCGCCGGAGAUUUUCGUCAUGGACGUGGCGACCUUUGGCUCUACAUGUUCACCGUGUUCCGCCCAGUAUAUAAAGAACCGGAACGCAAAGGACUUUGCUGACGAAUAUCCAGAUGCAGCAGCGGCGAUUGUCGACAAUACUUACGUUGACGAUUACCUUGAUAGCGCAGAUUCGGUGGAAGAGGCAGUCACGCGAGCACAGCAGGUGAAGAAAAUCCACUCGGCAGGCGGGUUCCGAAUUCGCAACUGGGUCUCAAAUAGUACCGAAGUCCUGGAGAAAUUGGAGGAGCCGACGGAGCGCCAAGUAGUCCAUUUCAGCGCCAACAAGACAACGAACAUGGAGCGCAUUCUUGGUGUGUUCUGGGAUCCAGUCGAAGAUGUCUUCCGGUUUUCGAUCAAACUCCGCACUGAUCUGGAGCCGUUCAUGGACGGCAGUCAACGACCAACCAAGCGACAAGUAAGCGGCUGCGUCAUGAGUUUUUUUGACCCUCACGGUCACCUUGCCCCUUUCACUAUCCACGGGAAGCUGAUAAUCCAAGACUUGUGGCGCGAAAAUUGCGGCUGGGACGAAGUCAUCAGCGAUCAAAUAGCAGCCAAAUGGGAACGGUGGAUCAAAGCACUGCCAGAAGUAGAGGCGCUCAAGAUUCCACGGUGCUACUUCUCUUUCGCGUCGCCCCAAGAUCGCGAAUCAAUUCAACUCCACAUUUUCUCGGAUGCGAGCGAGAACGCUUAUGGGAGCGCAGCAUACUUCCGGAUCAACAUCAACGGUCAAGUACAUUGUGCUAUUGUUGCCGCGAAAGCGAAGGUGGCCAGGCUGCAGCAUUUAUCGAUUCCUCGACUGGAACUCUUGGCGGCCGUCCUCGGUGCGCGACUGGCGCAAUGGAUUCUCGCAAACCAUAACCUGUGCAACUUGAGAAUUUUCUUCUGGACGGACUCGUUGACAGUCCUCUCGUGGAUAGUAUCAGACCAUCGAAAUUACAAACAGUUUGUUGCUUUCCGAAUCGGCGAGAUCCACUCCCUGACAAACAUCAAUGAUUGGCGGUGGGUACCCACCAAAUUGAACAUCGCCGACAUCCUAACUAAAUGGGGGAAUGGCCCCCAACUAUCGUCGAAUGAGCAGUGGGUGAACGGUCCGAACUUUCUGUACCUUCCGGAAGAACAAUGGCCCCAAAGAGAGAAACCGACCCCGAAUGUUGCCGAAGAGCUUAGAGCAAUCCACAACUUCCACGAUAUUGUUCUACCUGAGCCGCUGAUCGACUGCACACGUUUCUCACGCUGGCUGGUGAUGGUCCGCACGAUAGGAUGCCUGUUCCGGUUUGCAUCCAAUUGCCGUCGAAAGAAGGAAGGUCAGCCGAUCCAAGUUGUACCCGUUCCCGAAACAUCAAAGCUCCGGAAACUAGUAAUGAGACCCUUGGAACGUACAGUAGUCCCGCUUACUCAAGAGGAACAUCGUCGUGCUGAAGGAGUUCUGUGGGCGAUGGCUCAAAGUAAAGGAUUUGGUGACGAGCUGAAAAUACUGACGAAGAAUCGUAACGUGCCGCCGGAGAAAUGGAUUGCCAUCGAACGUGAUAGUCCCCUUCACAAGAAAUCUCUUCUUUUGGACGAGAAAAGAAUCAUCCGUCUGGAGGGUAGGAGUGCUUACGCCGAUCUGUUACCAUUCGAGAUGCGUUCUACCACAAACAAUUUGGCCAUGCUAACGGUGAAACAGUCGUCAACGAAGUUCGGCAACAGUUCUACGUUCCACACUUGA